UUGACCAAAUGCGACACAAUCCCAUUGCCUUCCAGUCAAAAAAACACACUAACCACUUUGUCUGCAUAGCGUCAACUUUCACCCAGAACAAAGUACAGAGUAGUAUCUCUCGCUUCACAUAUCCCACUCUGGCUGGAAACUUUUACUCAUUUCCCUGAAAUAAUUACUGGGCGGAGAUAUCGUUCUUGAAGCUGGAAAGUGAAACUGGGGAAAACAUUUAGAAUGCGUGAUGCUCCUUGUUGCUGGAAGGUUAACAUUAUCACAGUUUGCAUCUGAAUUGCACCCGAAGUUGCACCAACCCUGACAGAAUUUGACUGAAGCCCAAAGCAGUUAAACCCAAGGCAAACGAAGAUGGCGCCAGAAUCAAGCUUGUCCCGACCAACCAAAUUUCUGCCUGUACCCGGUGAGCAGCAGGAGCCUUGGAAUGACUGGAUAAAGUAUUUUGAGUUGUACAUUACACAAAGAGGCUUGCCAGAGGAAGAGAAGAUAGCACUGUUGAGUGUUUACCUUGGGAAGGAGGGACUGCGCAUCUUAAAUACCUUGACAACGAUUGAAACAUAUGCAGCAAUGAUUGAUGCCCUCACUGCUUACUUCAGCAAUGCUCAGGAGCCUCGGGACGGUCAGGAGACUCAGGACUGUCAGGAGUCUCAAGACUGUCAGGAGCCUCGGGACGGUCAGGAGCCUCGGGACUGUCAGGAGCCUCAAGACUGUCAGGAGCCUCAGGACCCGGAUGAUUCACAAAGUAUCAAACAGAACAGAAAAAGGAUGAUCAUUACAGGAGCAGCAGCAACAGUGGGAGCAGCUGCGGCGGUGGUGGGGGCACCAGUUGCCCUGGGAGUGGCAGGUUUGACUACUGUUGGGGUUGCUGCUGGAGCAACUGCAGGGGGCGCCGCAAUAGGAACAGGUACAAUUGCUGCAGCAACAGCGGGAGCAGUUGCGGCAGUGGCAAUGGCACCAGUUGUCCUAGGAGCGAUAGGAUUCACUGCUGGUGGGAUUGCUGCUGGAUCAUAUGCAGCAAGCAUGAUGUCUGCAGCGGCUGCGGUAAAUGGAGGUGGGGUAGCAGCCGGGGGUCUUGUUGCUGUUCUACAGUCAGCAGGUGCUGCAGGGCUUUCAGGAGGGGCUACAGCGGCGCUGGGAGGUGUUGGAGCUGCACUUAGUGGAGCCGCAGGAUGGGUGGCCGCAGGAGCAGGGAUCUCAGGAGCGGCAGCAGCUACUACAGCAGCUACGGCAGGUGCUGCAGGGCUCUCUGCAACGGCUACAGCAGCCGCGGGAGGUGUUGGAGCAGCAGUUGGUGGAGCGGCGGGAUGGCUGGCCACAAGGACAAGGACACCUGAAAAGGAGGAAGGAGAAGAGACAGGAGCAGCUACAGCAGCUGCUGCAGGAGGUGCUGCAGGGCUUUCAGGAGAGGCUACAGAGGCUGUGGGAGGUGUUGGAGCAGCAGUUGGUGGAGCAUCUGAAGGGGAGGGAGGAGUCGAGGAGAGAGAGCUUUCAGGAGCGACUACAGCAGCUGCAGAAGGUGCUGCAGGGCUUUCAGGAGUGGCUACAGCAGCUGUGGGUGGUGUUAGAACAGCAGUUGGUGGAGCGGCGGGAUGGCUGUUCUCAAGAAUCGGGAUGUCUAAAGAGGAGGGAGGAGAGUAAAGAGGGAAGAGAGAGGAUGAGAAGAGAUCCCGGAGGAGGGCCCUUUACAUCAAAACUGAUUGAUGUUAUGAAUGUUUUUUUUGUUGCUCCUUAAUUAUUUGUUUAUUUUUUAUUUUUCUCAUUGUUCAUUUUUAUUUCUGAUUUUUGAAUUUAUUUUUGUGAUAAAAAAACAUGAGCAGGUGCACACCCAGAGUAAUAGUUUGUGUGGAGGUGCUGACUAACGGCGAAUAAACUAUAAACUAUCAAAAUAAA